AUGAAGACUUGCUCUGGAUGUGGAUAUCCAUCUGCUAAGACCAGAAGCUACAACUGGAGUGUUAAGGCUAUCAGAAGAAAGACCACCGGUACUGGUAGAAUGAGACACAUUAAGGUUGUUCAAAAGAAGUUCAACAGUGGUUUCAGAGAGGCCCCAUUGGUUGUUAAGAAGACCGCCGCCAAAUUGAAAUUUAAAGAUCCUUGA